AUGAAACUGAGAGACAAAACAACAAAAGACACGCAAGGGGACACUGAUUGUCAGGAGGAUGAGUCGUACGGUGAUGAGGAUGAAUUGUAUCCUUGCUCAUGGGUGCCAGAAAUCAUCACUAGGGGUCCCUUCCUGCAGAGGGAAGGGGGCUUCAGUGAGCCUCAACCAGCUUUUAGGGUAUUAAACCCAGACACCCCUUCUUUUGUGCCCCAAAGCCCAACACACUUACCUGAGAGACCUACCCACGAGCUUCAACCAGAAACUCCUCUUGUCAGCUCUGAGAGAAGUGUUUCAGUUACACCUCCUACUUCACACUGUAGAGCCCCAGACCACGUUGUUAUUGACAUUCCAGAACCCAACAUGACACUCAUCUCACCUGUGAGGGAGACCACAGAUCUCAUCCCCACAGAUCCUGUAGGUGCAGACACUGACAACGUAGCGUCUGAGAGUCUAGAGUCUGAGAACACAAGUGUCAGGCGUUCUGUUAGGGAGAGACGUCCGCCCCGGAAGCUCACUUAUGAUGAGUUGGGGGAGCCUUUGACCUUGGCCAUCAGUUCGUUCUUUGAGGCUUUAGGAGCUGCCAUUUCACACAUAUCUGUACCUGUAGGGGCAGGUGUGCAUGCAGGGACUCAUGCAGUCUAGAGGGGGAGAGUGUAACCCUGGUUAGUUUUAUAGUGCUGAGAUAUCUAAAACCCUUUGAAUGCAUCAUAGUUCUUCUGUGUUGUAGUUGUUUCUCGCCUAGUUGUAAAAUUUCCAAGUUUACCUGAACACAUCACCUGCAGCUCCGGUGUGUGUGAGAACGUGGGUGACGAGAAAAAACGGAAAAAAAGGGAGAAAAGUCAUGCAGCCGCGGAGCAAAAGUGUCCUCGUUCAGCGGCCAGAUAUCAUGAUUUUGAGUUGUGAGAGAGUUGUGACAGAACUGUAGUUAGCAGAGAGCGUGAAGAGAUACUCACCUGGUGAAACCGAUCACGGGAGGGACUCAAACCGAGAGUUUCUCCGUACUUUUCUGAACUAUUCUGGCUGUUUUUUUUUGAGGACGAGUUCUUCUGUUCAACUGUGAUCCACAUCGUCCGCUGUUGCCCCGUGGAGGCUCUUGGUUCAACAACAAGCCGUAUCACCCGCCAUGCUGCAGGGAGGCUCUUGGUUCAUCGGGACCAGUGUGGACAUCGGUGUGGUAUGGAAAGGUUCUGA